CCCGACGGCAUGGCCCGCGGCCCGCGCUCCGGGCGCCCCCAACCCCGCUGAGAGCCGCCGCGGCCCCGGACCCGCGCGUGGGGGCCCGAGCCGCCGGGAUGAGCCGCGCCGAGUGGUGAUCGCCGCUCGGGAAUGCGGGUGUGAAGGGUCCGAGCUGCAGCCCAGCGGGGAGAAGACCCCCGGACGCCGGAAAUCACCAUCCUGAAGCUGCGAGAAGGGGGGAAAAGAGAGCAUUCUUCAUUCAGUUGUGUGCCUUGUGGGGAUUUUUAAAAAAUCGUUAUUAUUUUUAAAGAAACAUUUCCGUGCUACUGUGUGUCAUCGUCUCUGGAGAAAUCAGCCAGAACCACCAGAACGUAACUGAAACCAGACGAGAGAGGCAGGAGCCGAGGCAAUACCUGCAACGUCCGGGCACCAGAGCCACCUUGGAACAGGAACGCGUCUCCGGCGGCCGCGGGGCUGCGGCUCCGCCAAACUUUGGGGCGGGCGGGGCGGGCUGGGGUGCCGAAGGGGCUCUUUAGACCGAGGGCGGCCCCCUAACCAUGAUGUUUCGCGACCAGGUCGGGGUGCUGGCGGGCUGGUUUAAGGGCUGGAACGAGUGCGAGCAGACUGUUGCGCUGCUGUCGCUGCUCAAGCGCGUGAGCCAGACCCAGGCCCGAUUUCUCCAGCUCUGCCUGGAGCACUCGCUGGCCGACUGCGCCGAGCUGCACGUCCUCGAAGGCGAGGCCAACAGCCCCGGAAUCAUUAACCAAUGGCAACAGGAAUCCAAGGAUAAAGUGAUUUCCCUCCUGUUAACUCACCUGCCUUUGCUGAAGCCAGGAAACCUCGACGCAAAAGUAGAGUAUAUGAAACUGCUGCCCAAAAUCCUGGCCCACUCUAUUGAACACAACCAGCACAUUGAGGAGAGCAGGCAGCUGCUGUCCUAUGCAUUGAUACAUCCGGCCACUUCAUUGGAAGACCGCAGUGCUUUAGCCAUGUGGCUUAACCACUUGGAGGACCGCACAUCGACCAGCUUCAGUGGCCAGAACCGAGGCCACACGGACUCUGUGGAUUAUGGGCAGACACACUACUAUCACCAAAGACAGAACUCCGACGACAAGCUCAACGGGUGGCAGAACUCUCGGGAUUCUGGGAUUUGCAUCAACGCCUCCAACUGGCAGGACAAAAGCCUGGGGUGUGAGAAUGGCCAUGUGCCCCUCUACUCCUCCUCGUCGGUCCCUACCACAAUCAAUACAAUUGGAACCAGCACAAGUACAAAUGUUCCAGCCUGGUUGAAAAGCCUCCGCCUGCACAAGUAUGCUGCGCUUUUCUCCCAGAUGACCUAUGAGGAAAUGAUGGCCCUCACUGAGUGCCAGCUGGAGGCUCAGAAUGUUACCAAAGGUGCAAGACACAAAAUUGUCAUCAGUAUUCAGAAACUCAAAGAAAGACAAAAUUUGCUGAAGUCUCUGGAAAGGGACAUCAUCGAGGGGGGCAACCUGCGCAUCCCACUCCAGGAACUACAUCAGAUGAUCCUGACGCCCAUCAAGGCCUACAGCUCCCCAAGCACCACCCCGGAGGCCCGCCGCCGUGAGCCCCAGGGCCCGCACCAGCCUUCACUGAUGGGCCCGGAGAGCCAGAGCCCCGACUGCAAAGACAGCGCUGGGGCUCCCGGCGCCACAGCCACCACCUCAGCCGGGGCUAGCGGUGGGCUCCAGCCUCACCAGCUGAGCAGCUGUGAUGGGGAGCUGGCUGUCGCCCCCCUGCCAGAGGGGGAUCUCCCUGGGCAGUUCACACGUGUCAUGGGCAAAGUGUGCACACAGCUCUUGGUCUCCAGACCUGAUGAGGAAAAUAUAAGUUCCUAUUUACAGCUCAUAGACAAGUGUCUAAUUCAUGAGGCAUUUACAGAGACACAGAAAAAAAGAUUGUUGUCAUGGAAACAGCAGGUGCAGAAGCUCUUUCGGUCUUUCCCUCGGAAAACCCUUCUAGACAUAUCCGGAUAUCGACAGCAGAGAAAUCGCGGUUUUGGGCAGUCCAAUUCCCUCCCAACAGCCAGCUCUGUGGGCGGCGGCAUGGGCAGACGGAACCCCCGCCAGUACCAGAUCCCCUCUCGGAAUAUCCCUUCUGCCCGGCUUGGCCUCUUGGGCACCAGUGGAUUCGUCACUUCCAACCAGCGCAACACCGCAGCCAACCCCACCAUCAUGAAACAAGGAAGACAGAACCUUUGGUUUGCCAACCCUGGGGGCAGCAACAGCAUGCCAAGCCGAACCCACAGCUCAGUCCAAAGGACCCGCUCGCUGCCCGUGCAUACUUCUCCGCAGAACAUGCUGAUGUUCCAGCAGCCAGAAUUCCAGCUUCCCGUGACUGAACCUGACAUCAACAACAGGCUGGAGUCCUUGUGCCUCAGUAUGACCGAACACGCCCUGGGAGCGUCACAGACCCACAGCCCGCUGCCUGCCUCGCCCACGGCUGUAAUGGGGCUGGGCUGUGCAGCGCCGCGUCCGCACAAGAAGCUCACAGAAGACGCUGUGUCUUCCCACCUCCUCUUGGUCUGA